AUCAGCGCGUCGGACGCGUUCACAGCACGUUCUUCUGCCAUUUGUCUUUGUGAGAUCUGUACUCAUUCUGUGCAUAGUCAAUCUUCUCUCUGCCUGAGCUGGUCCAGGUGCAUUCACCCGCAGCAUGGCUGACUCCUUUGCUGACCUCUGGAAUUCUACUACUUCGAGUAAGCCAGCCCAGCCGGCGCGUACGCUAGGCUCUGCGUCUCCGUCUUUGAACAGUACUCAGCGAGCUCAGCCGAAACAUGAUGCUUUCUCCUUGCUUGCGUCUGUUGGUUCUCCCUCAGGCUCUCCACAACUAUUAUCGGGUUCCUUGGGGGCAGGCUCCAGCAAUACUAGCAGAAUGACCAUAGCACAGCGGGCUGCGCAGGCUGAGAGAGAGCGGCAGGAGCAGCUGCGGAAGCAGCAUGAAAUCAGGAGCUCCCAAUCAUCGCCGUGGGAUGGCCUAGACUCUCUGGGUAUGUCGUCUAAGGCUACUGCGAAUACAUCAUCGGCCCCGCAUGAUGACUGGGAUUUCGGUUUGUCUACCUCGACGAAGUUAUCUCAGGCUCCUGCUCACUCUGCUCUCGAUGAUGAUGAUUGGGGUCUGGGCGAUUUCUCAGCAAAGCCCGUUAGCGCACCUGCUCCUACCAGACCGUCUCGCUCUCAAACAGCGUCCCUACUGGACCUGGAAGGAUUUGAUCAUUCUGAUACAUCUCCUGCACCUGGGCCGUCCAAUGGCUCCCGAUCAAGCACGCCCGGGGACUUCGACUUCGGAGAUAGAGAAGACCGAUUGUUGGACGAUCAAUCUGGAGACGAAAACGAUUUACUAGGCUUGGGUGGCAGCAGACCCGCAGCUGCAGCCAGGCGCAAGUCACCUCCAAUCGUGGAGAUGGGCUUCUCGCCUCAGCAAGCUCGGGUAGCUCUAGCCGCCACAGAGACCGGACUAGAUGUCCAAGCGGCGCUCGAAACGCUGCUUUCCAACGGUGCUGCAUCCGAGUCACCCGUUCCCGAGCGACGAGCACCGCCGAGACGGCCACAGCGGACCCGCGAGCCCGAGCGCGCGGAUAACCCCAGGUCCUCUGGCAGACGCCCGGAAGAAAGAGAACGAGAACGAGAACGAGAGCGAGAGCGAGAGCGAGAGCGAGCGACUUCCGAGGCGUUCUUCCAGGACCAAGCGGACAAACUUCUCGCGCAGGCGAGCGUGUUGGGAGCGAGUAUGUUCAGCAAGGCAAACGCAUUUUGGAAGGAGGGGAAGGAGAAGGUGCAGAAGGUUUACGAGGAACGGGCGGCGGUUGCGCGCGCUGGGAGCGCGCCGAGGGCGGACGGGAAGCCGCGGUGGAUGCAGGAGGCUGCCGACGACGACGGGGAAGUGUCUCCAACGCAGCUGCGGAGGCGAGGUCAGGAGCGAGAGGAGGGAUUCCGAGAUGAUCAUGACCAUCAACCGGAGGACCCUGCCCCUGCCCCCGCGCCGCGGAAGGCGAGGGUGGAGCCACAGAAGGCAGAACCUGCCGUCGGAGACUUAUUCUCGGCCUCGCCCGCUGUGUAUCAGUCGCCUUUCAGGCACCGGACGCCUGCGAGGGAUAAGGUGCCAGAACACCCGUCCUCUUCCAGGCCGACUCCCCCGGCACAACCGGCCCCGUUAAUCCAGCGGCAGACGGUGAGUGCCUCGCGAGCAGCUCUUGCGACCGCCGCCAAGCAUAAGGCAGUCGGCGGGGAGAAGUUCAAGCUCGGGCAGUACAGCGAAGCGGAAACUGCGUAUACGUCUGCUAUUGCGGCGCUUCCUCAGUCGCAUCUACUCCUCGUGCAGCUUUACAAUAAUCGCGCCCUGGCGCGGCUCAAGACGGGAGACCAUGCAGGUGCAGUUGAAGACUGCACCGCCGUGAUCGAGCUGAUUGGUGCUGGGUACCAUCCGUCCAAGGAGGCGAAGGUGACGAGGGAGGAAGACGGCGCCGGGGUGGAUCUCGCCGAUGGAUUAAUCAAGGCCUGGAGGCGACGCGCUGAAGCUUAUGAAGGGCGAGAGAAGUGGGAGGAGGCCAAGAAGGAUUGGGAAGCCAUCAUUAGCGCAGAUUUCGCAGGGAAGGUCAGGACUGAGGCGAUCACGGGGGCUGGGCGGUGCCGGAGGAUGGUCAAUGCCAAUACGGAGGCAGCGGACAAGCCUCCCUCGGCGACGCCUCCCAGGCCAAAGGCGAAGCCUUCGUCGGCGGCGCAGGUCAGGGCGUCGAAGGUGGGCGCGGCUGCGUCCCAGGCUGCUGUGUCGAAGCUCCGCGAGGCCAAUCAGGCGGCGGAGGCGGAGGAUCAGGCAAAGCAUGAGCUGAAAGACACAAUCGAUGCGCGCAUCAUGGCCUGGAAGGGCGGGAAGGAGACGAAUAUCCGCGCGCUGAUUGCGAGCCUGGACACGGUGCUAUGGCCAGAGCUGGGAUGGCAGAAGGUUGGGUUGCAUGAGCUGGUUACGCCCGCCCAGGUGAAGAUUAGGUACAUGAAGGCUAUCGCGAAGGUGCAUCCUGAUAAGCUCAAUGCGGGCAAUACGACGGUAGAACAACGCAUGAUUGCAAACGGCGUGUUCGCGGCGUUGAAUGAUGCAUGGAACGCUUUCAAGCCAUAAUUAUAUUUGUCUUUUCUAUACUUAUUGGAUAUACGUUGACCACUUUGGUAUAAAGGAUGUAGAUGAUAGAGGACUCUUUGGACUCGUGCAUACCAAGUCGAUGGCCUAGCCCCCUUGGAUUUUCGGCGAUCUUGUAUGUAACCCGCCUAGGCACUAACGUCAGAGUUACCGUCCCGACGCGCUAUUAUUUCAUUCCGAGCGGUACGAAGUGCAG